CCGCAAACGAAAGUAUGUACAGUAAUAGUCCAUUCUGAUUGGUGUUCAGACAAACUUUGGCGGCAAAGAAUUCUGCCUUAUUACAUAACCACUCUCCUGUCACGAUUUGGGCUUGUGGCGGGGCAAUGGAGGGGUCCGGAAUGUGGGGCUCUCUAACUUCCAAUUCCGACGGGACGGCUUCGAAAUUGGAACAGCUCCCGACCUGGGGAAGCCAAGCGGAAAACACCAAGGCAUAGAACUUGAUUCGAGCAUGCAACAUAUUUGCAAGUUAAAUCCUGUCCUUCCUGAGGCCAAGUACAGUCGGCUCUCGGAUACAUUCGCUCCUCAAGAGACCGAAACUGCGAUAUUCUUUCAAAGCUUCGCUUUUGACCCCUUCGGAUAUCACCCGAAACGGCAUUGCAGCGCGGGGUUGUUCCGUCUGAGAGGACCCGGAUUGACCCGAUAUAUAAGGAUGGCGAAGUAACUUCACACUUCCAGCUUAUCGUGCUCCAGUACGGUGCAUGAUUUGGAAUUGGUGUUUUCUGGCAGUACUGUACGUAACCCUUGCCCUAGCGUUCCAGCUUGUGUGCUUUUCCUGGAAAGUUUCGGUGCGAUGGAGCGAGAAUGAAGUGGACAUUUGAACCACUAUCUCGCAUCAAUAUUCCUGUACUUAUAAUGCAUGCCUUGCAUGUCAAUAUUGAAUUUACUAUGUCCACGCCUGUCAUUUCUUCCAUAUGUAAUUUACCUCCUAUUUGCCCUGAAUUAUCGUCCUUUGCUGCUGCCUUCACUUCAUGUUUCCUUCAAAUCAAACUUCACCCUCGGAACAUCGGAUGCAUCCAGAGGUGACAGAACCUGGCCCAGGCUGUCUUUCAAUUGCGUCAGAUAAUAUCCCACCAAACCAUACGAUCCUGUCAUCAUCAUUCCUGUUCGUCAAUUCCUUAUCUUAUAUUCUUGAGCAUGCAUACAAAGGAUGAUCAUGUCUCACAGCCUUAAAUCCAAGAAGUGCCAUUGAGGUCUUUUCAGCUCAGACAGCAAACUUGUUUACAAGCCUAGACUUGAGCAAUGCUCUGUCAAGCACGGGAAUCAUGUUCCAAUAGCGUCAUACUUUUUGAGCCACUCAUUGAUCACAAGAUAGGAUUGAUAGCAGAGCCACGUCGUCAAUCCUACGAACCUUCAUGAUUUGUUCCGGAUUUUCGUUGUUUCCGUGAGGUUCGGGUGUUGACAAUGAGGCUUUUUCUCGAUAAGACCUGGCCAUUGGGCCAGCCAAUGGUAAUGGCCCUAUGGGAAUGCCGACUGCGCUGUGAGCGCCUAAUAAGCACCCCGCAUUCUAUCAGAUUAGCUGGUAAUACUCUAUCGAGUUUGAGGACAUGUGAAAGGGCAUCGGAUAAGUUGCUUGAAAUUAGCGAGGCCCUCUAUUUGAAUGCUUUGACAUCACACAAACUCCCCAACCAUGAACUCGGUAGCGGUAUGAUGUGCAAGACUUCUUAACAUUUCCUUCUUUUGUCAAGCAUCACCAAUACGAGAAAGCUAUGCCACCAACGAAAUGCACAUCCAGAACGAGACGAAUUCAAAACACGCAGGUGGUUCCCCAUUCAAAAUAACCACAACACCAGAGCGAAGUAAGCGAGCUCGUUUUCUCACAACACUCUACUCCCAUACCUUAGCUCUAAACAGGGACCACACUCCCCGCGCCCUUCCUUGUCAUCAUCGUAAACCCAUUCCCACCCUGAUCAAACUCAUGCAUCCGCAACAUCUGCUCAUAGAAUUUCGUCUCUUUGCUAUCCGCCAGUAAGAGCGCUCGUCGGAACUGCGGCCAGCUGUCCAGAACCUCGUCUAUACAUUUAAUGAGGAAUUUGCCGAGGCCGCGACCUUGGUAAGGGGCGAGAAUAUACACGUCUGUGAGAUACGCGAAGGAAACGUGAUCGGUGAUUAAGCGGGCAAGGCCGAUUUGUGGGGGUUGGGAACGGCCUGGGGUUCGUCGUCAGUUGAUACAUCCUGUAGUUUUCUAUAUUCUCUGUCAAGAAGAUAAAAUAGAGAUUGGUUAUUCAAAACUAAGUUUAAGUGGUGACGGACCUGCAAUCUCAGCUGACGUCUUCGGCAACUCGUAGACACCGAAACAGAGACUGUUAUCCAACAUCUUCUGCAACAGAGCCUCUUCCAUGGGUUUAGCCCAAUGCACGUAAUCUGUAGCGAAAGCUGCGUUGACAGCUGCUGGUUGGAUAAGGACUGGGUUGGUGGAGAAGAGGAAAUUGUCUUUGUACCAUUCGGGUGGUGUUGACAUUUUUGUGGGCUUGUAGGGUAUGGUUGUUUAUGGAUGAGUGACUUGAAGGUGAUGCCGGAUGCUAGGAUUGCUCAGGGUAUUUCGUUUUGAGUUUUGAGAAGACGAGUGGAUUAGAGAGAUGCAGGAGUGAGAUCUAUGGGGUACAUAAUGUACACUGGGUAAGAUUUGCGGUCCGGCCCGAGUCCAAGCCCGGCUUACUGUUAAGUGGGGGACUCGUCCAAUUCUGUCACAUGGGCGAGCUACAUACAAAUCGUCUCAUAGCCAUUAUUGAGUAAGACACAAAUUGGUAUUAAGACGCUCGAAAACAAAUUGUGGGGUACCGCGUCUUUAACGUGCUAGUCCGCACUAACCAAUCCACGUCAAGGUUAACGACUCAAUCCUUCCCGUCUGACUCACAAUAACCUCCAGUGCUCAAGUUUGGUGACCAUAUUCCUGAUCCGCUUCUUGGUACCUUGGCAGGAUUUCCCAUCCAUCUGACAAGGCAGAUGAGUACGGCGGUGGUGGAUCGUUCAACUCUCCUUGCGACUGUGGUUGUUGCUGCUGCUCUGGUAUGCGACGGGUAGUUUCGCUUCUUGAGCUUGAAGAUGGGACUACAGCCCUGGAACUUUCCCCAGCACUCGCUUUGCUUGGAGACGAGGGAUCAGGGAUACCUUUCCCUUGUCGUUUGGCCCAGUAUGCUGUAGUGGUGUUAGCUUGAGGUAGGGGAUGAUUAGAUAGAUAACGUGAGGUUCCAAAACAGACGUCGCCUUGCAAUGGAGAACGGGCGAGAUGCUAGAAAGAAGAUGAAGCAAAACAGUAUAGUAGCAGCAAGAGAAACGCAAAACCAACCUUUGCAUCCAGGGCAGUAAUCUACCCACCUCGGCCCCUCAGCCACCAGACCCCUCCCAUCUUUAUAGAUGAAGUAAUCUCUCUUCAAUGGUCUCCGGUCAAGACAAGCACAGCACUCAGAGGUAUUCAAGCCACAGCUGAUUUGGUGUUCACAUCUCAUGCUUCUGUACAUGAGUUUCUCGUCUCGAUGUGAUUUCCAAUGGGUCUUGAUAGUCUCGGGCUCAGAGUAUUCCGGCUGUGGGUAUCUGGACCUGGAGCUAGAACCUGAAGUUGAAGCUUGGGGGAUGCUCAGGUAAGUUGUUUGUACACGUUCCAGGGCUGUGGGAGUUGGCUGUUGUGUUCGCGUGAAGAUACUAGUAAUGCUGUUGGUUGUGGAGGAUGGAGCGGCUUUAGAUUUGCCUUUCCAGUGUAAAUCCAAGAGUCCCAUUCUGAUCAUGAGGAUUGUUCAAGACGAGGCUGGGUUGUGGACGAGCGAUGCUAAUAAGGAAGGGACUACCAAAAGCUGUAGAACGUAGUGUUGAAAGGGUGUUGAGUAUUUAAAGAAUUACCACAAAAAUAACUUGCAGUACGCUGUUUUAGGACUGAGGAAAGGAUAAUGUUCGAAUUGAUAUGGGAGGAAUGUGGUCGAGCUGGAGCCUGCUCAGCCUCGAGAAAGUCAGCUACGUUAGGCUAGCAAGCCACUAAACUCCGCCCUCCUUGUGACUGUUCUCUGUCUAAUUUUGGACAACUUCGAGGAUGAAAAGGCUGAUACAGUACGUCUUUGUACAAGUUUAUUCUGGUGCUUUCCCUUCCAAUUUGAUCAACAAGACAUGUAAAUUAAGCAGGGCAACAAGAAUGAAACAACGCAAGACAGCAAGGAAGCAAAACAUGACACGACAAAAGCUCAAGCUAUCAUCCAGCUUUAGAUGAUUGAUACAUACUGGAGCUUCUACCUGGGAAAUAGUAAAUCAACAACAACGACACUCAGAUGAGUUUGAAACUGCAUAUUCAUUUUAAGCUUUAGCUCUCAGACUGGGUUAUUCAGUUGUUGACAUCACGUGAGGAUAGGCAAGGCUGAGAGAUUGGGAGACCCACUAGGAGGGGCUUAGCGCGAAGAUCCACUGAAAUUAUAUUUUUCUCUUCGCACAAGCAGCCAUCCUCUUCCAUAAACACUGAUGUCUUGAGAACCAAGACACUUCUGUUUCCAAAGGUCAUCGUGUUCUGUAAAGAAUACUUAUCACACAAAAAAUGGACCAGCAAAAGUUCCUCGAGCUCUUGAAGGGCAUCCAAACCCCGGACACCGACACAGUCAAGGCGGCCACCACCGAGCUUCGAAAAAACUACUAUACUCAGCCGCAGUCCCUCCUAUGGCUGCUCCAUAUCCUUACCACCAACGAAGCCCCUGAAAUCCGCCAACAAGCCGCUGUUGAGGCACUCCGUCUGGUUUCAAAACACUGGGUUGCCCUUCCGAACGAGCAGAAGCCAGCGAUUCGCGAAAAACUUUUCGAAAGAACACUGAACGAGACCAAGCCUCUCGUUCGACACUCUGCGGCGCGUGUUAUCGCCUCCAUCGCCGCCAUCGAUUUGGAAGAUGGAGAGUGGGCCUCGCUCCCCAACAAUCUUUUCCAAGCCUCCACAUCUCCUAAAGUUUCUCACCGCGAAGUCGGGAUCUACACUCUAUUUUCCUUGCUUGAGACCGCAGGAGACGUCUUCGAAGACAAGCUGCCUGGUCUUUUCUCCCUGUUAUCCAACACCAUCAAGGAUCCUGAGAGCCCAGAUGUUCGCAUCAAUACGUUGCUCUGCCUUAGCAGAGUAGCUAUGUUGAUUCAGCCUGAAGAGGACCCGGAAAACCUUGCCCGAUUCACGGAGAUCUUCCCUGCCAUGGUGGCUGUGCUGAAGGGUGCUGUUGAUGAGGAGAACGAGGAUCGCGUUAUGCAGGCUUUUGAGGUCUUCCAAACACUCCUAGGAUGUGAAUCUGCAUUGUUGAACAAGCAUUUCAAGGACCUCUUGACUUUCAUGAUCGACUUGGCCGCCGAUGCAUCUAUCCAGGAUGAGUCCCGGACACAAGCUCUGUCUUUCUUGAUGCAGUGCGCAAGAUACAGAAAGAUGAAGAUCCAGGGCAUCAAAGACAUGGGAGAGAACUUGACUCUCAAGGCCAUGCAAAUUGCCACUGAGAUCGACGACGAGGAGGACGAGGACGAUGUCACUCCUCACAAGACAGCGCUUGGUCUUUUGGAUCUUCUUGCGACCAGUCUUCCCCCUCGCCAGGUCAUUGUUCCUCUUCUGUCAGCCCUACCACAGUAUGUCAACAGCGAACAGCCGAAGUAUCGUCAAGCUGGUAUCCUGUCCCUGGGAAUGUGUGUCGAAGGAGCCCCAGAUUUUAUCGCAACACAACUCGAUGGCUUGAUGCCAAUAGUUUUGAAGCUGCUUAACGACCCAGUCAUUGGUGUUAGAGGCGCUGCCCUCAAUGGUGUUGCCAGAUUGGCCGAUGACCUUGCCGAAGAGCUUUGCAAGCACCAUGCUGAGCUCAUUCCAGCUUUACUUAAGAACCUUGAUGCCGCCACUGUUCAGGCAUCCAGUGAGGCCGAAAAGGAGAAAAAUCUCGAUAUUUUGAAGGCAGCAUGCAGUGCUUUGGAUUCUGUCACUGAUGGCGUCGAUAAGGCAAUCGUGGCGUCAUAUGUCCCAGAGCUUGUCCCCCGUCUCGUCCAAUUACUUGGUCACGAGGAUCUCAAUGUCAAAGCAAGUGCUGCUGGUGCAAUUGGAUCUAUCGCUGGCUCUGCCAUGGAUGCCUUCAUGCCCUAUUUCGAGGGUACCAUGGACGCAAUGUCUCAAUAUGUCACGAUCAAGGACAGCACUGAAGAGCUUGAUCUCCGAGGCAUUGUCACCGAUUCCAUGGGAAGCAUGGCUGAAGCAGUUGGCCCUGUCGCGUUCCAGAAAUACGUUCAGCCCCUGAUGCAAGCCAGCGAGGAGGGCUUGAACCUUGGCCAUCCAAGACUGAGAGAGACUAGCUACAUUCUGUGGAGUACCUUGGCCAAAGUCUACAAGGAGGAGUUUACACCAUUCCUUGAGGGUGUGGUCGGCGCUCUGAUGACUUCGCUUAACCAAGAGGAGUCUGAUCUCGAUUUUGAGAUAGGCGAGGAGGCACGGGAAUUACUCGGGGAUGAAGUUGUCAUCGCCGGAAAGAAGGUCAAGCUCGUCACCCCAGAGAGCAAGCCUGAGAUAGAUGACCUCGACAACAUGGAAGAUGAUGACGAUGAGGACGAGGAUUGGGAUGACCUUACAGCUGUCACUGCAGUUGCCUUGGAGAAGGAAGUUGCGAUCGAAGUUUUGGGAGAUGUCUUGACAAACACCCGCAAGAACUUCAUGCCAUACUUUGAGAAGGCGAUUGAGACUAUUGUCGUCCUGGUGGAGCACUCCUACGAGGGCGUACGAAAGGCAGCCAUCGGCACUCUGUGGCGCGCAUACGCAUGCCUUUGGGCUUUGAUGGAAGAUCACACCGGCAAGAAGUGGACGCCAGGACUACCCCUUAAGGAGCAACCUUCUGAGGAGCUUCUUAAGCUUGGUGAAGUCGUCACUGUUGCCACAAUGUCCGUUUGGGACGAUGAAGUUGACCGGGCUGUUGUCACAGACAUCAACCGCAACGUCUCCGCAUCCUUGAAGCUUUGUGGACCUGCUAUCCUGACCCAGGACAAAUUCACCGAGCGCAUGACAUCCACUGUUGCAUCCAUUCUCACCAAGUCACAUCCUUGCCAGAACGACAUGGGCGAUGAAGACGACCAUGAUGAGUUGGAUGAAGAGGAGUCCUCAGAGUAUGAUUGGCUUGUCAUUGACACCGCACUGGACGUGAUUAUCGGCAUAGCAAAGGCUCUUGGAUCGCAGUUUGGUGAGAUCUUCAAGGUCUACCAGAAGGCAAUUACUAAGUUUGCUUCUUCCACGACCAACUAUGAGCGAUCUACAGCUGUCGGUGUCAUUGCCGAAUGCACAAGACACAUGGGUGCUGGUGUCACACCAUUCACCGCACCUCUUCUCAAGCUUCUCAUCCACAAGUUGACAGAUGAGGACCCCGAGACCAAGUCCAAUGCCGCGUAUGCCAUUGGAUUGCUGAUCUUCCACUCCACCGACUCUGCCGCCUAUCUCCCAAGCUACAACACCAUCUUGAGCAAGCUCGAGCCUCUCCUCCAAACCCAGCGUGCCCGAACUUUGGAUAAUGCCUGUGGAUGUGUUACCCGCAUGAUCAUGGCUCACCCAGACAAGGUCCCUAUUGACGAUAUCCUACCAGUUCUCGUUGACCUCCUUCCUUUGAAGGAAGACUAUGAAGAGAACGAGCCUAUCUUCACCUGCAUUGCCGGAUUGUACCAACACCAGAACGCAGCUGUCAUCUCUCUCACCCCACAACUUAUCCCCAUCUUCGCAGCCGUUCUCGGCGAGCCAGCUGAGCAACUUGAGGACGAGACUCGUGCCAAGGUCAUCGCUACCGUCAAGUUCAUCGCUGAGAAGAACCCAAGCAUUGUCCAAUCAAACCCGGCUUUAGUGGCCGCCCUUCAAGGAUAGAGAACUUUCUCAUAUGACUGAUGACUUUGACGAUAAUGCAUAGAGGCCAGAAAUGGUUUGAUCUGAAGGAAAAGGGUCCACAUGUAGUAGAUUGCAUGUCUUCUGAUGUAGAUUCACUGCCGUGGUUGGAAUUACCGUGAUUUUUGGUUUUAGAUAGUUUAGUUAGCAUACCCCCGAGACCGAUCCCCCUUACGGACUUAACAUUCAAUGGAAGAAAGAAAGAAUUG